AGGCAGCAUAAACAGUGAAAAAUUAGUCGCGGGGAGUGCGCGGUGCAACGCCUAUCCGCUCGAUUAAUUUUUUACAUUUUACGAAUAUAAAAGCGUAACUUAUAUAUUGAACACAUUUAUUAUACGUGUAUUGAACUCACAGUGGGAGAAUUGAACGAAACAUACUUUGAGUUUGCUUAUUCAAUUACCUGAAGUUAUUCGUAAUUAAACAAUAAUUAACAAUUGUGCUGGUUAAGAAUGGCAUCGAUAUCAAGUAAUGGACUUUUGAAAAGUCUUAAAGGAAUUCAAUAUUCGCGGCGAUUUAUCGUCAAAUGGGCCUCUGCAAUUCGUGAACCUACUGCAAAGAUAAAGGGUAAACAACCCAAGUGGAUUGAUGUAAAUAAUGCCGGUGAAGUUUUUGAAAAUCUACAGUCUGGGAUGACGGUAUUUGCAUCUGGUGCGGCAGCAACACCAAUAUUGUUGUUGAACGCCUUGGCCGAAGUAGGAAAAAAUAAAAAACUAAAAGGCGUAAAAGUGUACCAUAUGCAUACGGAAGGGCCUGCAGCUUACUGUGCACCAGAAUUGGCAGAGAAUUUUACAUCUUACUCAGUUUUCAUGGGAGGGAACGUUAGAAAGGCUGUAGCAGAAGGUCGAGCGGAUACAAUACCUAUUUUCUUACACGAAAUCCCAUAUCUAUUUUAUCGAAAGAUUCUUCAGCCUGACUUUUGUGUGGUGUCCCUUUCGGUGCCCGAUGAACAUGGAUAUUGCAGCACGGGUACCAGCGUCGAUUGUGUAAGGGCCGCCAUGCAACAUUCCAAACUUAUUGUUGGACAAGUGAACCAGCAAAUGCCGAGAACGUUUGGAGACGGUGUGAUACAUGUUAGUCAAAUAGAUUAUGCCGUUUGUGUAAACGAAAAGUUACCUUCGCAUGCUCAUAAAAAACUUAGCGAAGCCGAGGAAAAAAUUGGAAAAUUUAUAGCUGAAAAUUUAGUUGAAGACGGGGCUACACUUCAAAUGGGUAUAGGUAGUAUUCCUGAUGCCGUUUUGGCGCAGUUGCAUAGUCAUAAAAACUUAGGAAUUCAUUCAGAAAUGUUUGCCGAUGGUGUCAUUGGAUUAGUUGAAAACGGUUGUGUAAAUAACAGCAAAAAAACUUCCUACGCAGGGAUAACUGUUGGGUCCUUCCUAAUAGGUUCUCAGCAACUAUACGACUUCGUAAACAAUAAUCCUGCAGUUAAAAUGUUGGUCGUUGAUUACGUGAAUAACACAAAAGUCGUAGCACAACAAAAGAAAAUGACAGCAAUAAAUUCGUGCAUAGAAGUCGAUCUUACUGGUCAAGUAUGUUCAGAUUCUAUCGGAACGAGAAUGUAUUCCGGUUUUGGGGGUCAAGUCGAUUUCCUCAGAGGUGCUGGAGAAGCAAUUGAUGGUAAAGGAAAACCAAUUUUAGCUAUGGUUUCGACUACAAACAAAGGACAAACUAAAAUUGUACCUACUCUUAAAACAGGUGCCGGAGUUGUAACAACAAGAGCACAUAUUCACUACUUAGUAACGGAAUAUGGUAUUGCAUUUCUUUUUGGAAAGUCUCUUCGACAAAGGGCUUACGAGCUUAUUAAAAUUGCCCACCCUGACCACAGGGAAUCACUGGAAAAAGCUGCUUUCGAAAGACUUCACUGCAUGCCAAGUCCUCAAUAAAAACCUAUGUUGCAAUAGCAAAACAUGCGCCCCUUUAUAUGUAUAAUAUAAUAAUAAUAAUACAAUAAUAAUAAAUACUUAGAUAUUAAAUAAGUGUUAAGGAACGACACGAAAUAUUAUAUAGUAAUAUUCACAAUCAGUCCAAUGCCCUUGUGUUAAGAGAAUAGAGUAUUAGUCAUAAGUACAACAAAUAAUAACGUUAUUUAUAUGUGAAUUCUGAUUUGGAAGGAAUCCCACAUGCUAAUGUUGCAAAACUAUUUUAAUAGACCAAACGUAAAGCUUA